AUGGGUGCCCAACUUUAUAAAACAGCAAGUGGACGGUUGUUUCAUGCCGGAGCCGUAGCUAUUAUUACAGUCGGACUGCCAGCCAGAGGAAAAACGCACGUUUCAAGAUCGUUAUGUAGAUAUAUGAGAUGGUUGGGUGUAUCGACAAAAGUAUUUAGUGUUGGAAACUACCGAAGAAAACUUAUGGGCCAAAUUCCAAAUGAAAUGUUCGAUCCAAAUAAUGAUGAUGCUUACGAGAAAAGAUUGAAAAUUGCUGAUGACUGUUUAAAUGAUAUGAUUGAGUGGCUCCAACACGGUGGUGGUCAGGUCGGUAUUUAUGACGGCAACAAUAUUACGGAUGAUAGAAGAAAGGAAAUUCAUGACAAAUUAGUGUCCAAUGAUAUACAUGUCCUCUUCAUUGAAUCCAUUUGUGAUAGACCAUCUAUAGUUUUGUCAAAUAUUAGAAGUGUCAAAAUUUCUUCACCUGAUUAUGUAGGCUGGGAUCCCGAAGAGGCCGUCAAGGAUUACACUCAUCGUAUUGAACAAUGUGAGGUUCAUUAUAAGACUAUAACAGAGCUAUCAUUCCCGUUUGUUAAGUUGAUGAAUGUGGGGGAGCAAUUGAUCGUGAAUAAUGUUCGAGGUUAUUUACAGUCUCGCAUAGUAUAUUAUUUGAUGAAUCUGCAUAAUCAUCCGAGAACCAUUUACUUUGCCAGAGCUGGUGAAUCCACAAACCCUCUUUCAUUUAAAGAAGAUGCAGACCUUUCAGAUGAAGGCAAACUGUAUGCCCAAAAAUUAAAAAAAUUUGUUUUAGCCUACCGUCAAAAGAGAAAGCCUACAGCAACGAAUUCCGACGAAAAAGAGCGGCCCUUAACAAUCUGGACGUCGACCCAAAAGAAAGUCAGACAGACUGGUCAUCCGUUUGUUGAGGCAGGAUAUCUAGUUCGGCAACACUCCGUUUUAAACCAGUUGAAUCCUGGUGAAAUCGAUGGGUUAACUUUAGCAGAGAUCAAGGCAAAAUUUCCAGAUGAAAUCGAAAGGGCUAAAGAAGACCCUUAUAGACACCGUUAUCCUAGAGCUGAGGUAAUUAAUAGUUAA